ACAGUGACAGCAAUAACAGCAGCCCCGUGCAGUGAGAGGGGAGCAUGCACUUUGGGCGGUGUCAACGGGGGCGAGGGAGCGGCUGCUUCCUGGAAGAUGGGGAUUAGUCAGCUGCAGCAGGCAGGGGAUAGCCUGAUUUGGGCGCCAUUUCAGAAUAAAGUUGGCUCUCUCUUCCGGUAUUUGAGCUUACAUUGAAGAUCAAAUUAUCCCCGUCGCAGUAUGUUGUUUCUAUAUUAAAUCACUACAGAAAUUGACCAAUAUAUAUACGUAACAUGGAGAUGUAAGACAGACAUGAAGGUAAUUAAGCAUUCUGAGGAGACAUUGAAAACAGCUCUGAUCUCCAAGGACAGACAACUUUUGAAGCUUUAUGAGAAGUUUGAUCCCAAGGAGAAGCAUUUGCUGAAUGAAGCAUUUCAACCAGGCAGUGCUCUUUUUAAGCCUAUAACUCUGCAUUCUGAAUCAGACUGGAUCUCUUCACAUCCAGAACCCACCCAGGAUUUUUCACAGUUUUAUCAUGACCCCUGCAGAAAUUUGCCAACCCCACAGAAGAGAAAGAUUUACAUCCAGCCCAUUGGUUCUUUUGGAGAUGCCAAAGUUAGCACAGAUGUCUACUUGAAAUGGCUGAGAGAUUACUGUGAAGCAUUUUACUACAACCUGACUGUAAGGAUCCUAGACCCAAUGCCUGUUUCACACACAGGUUGUGCUUUUCGAAUCAAUGAAUACACACAAAAUCUGCAAAUUCAUGCAGGGUAUCUCUUGAAUUACCUAAAGAAAAAAAAGCCAAAGGAUGCUUUUUGCAUUGUGGGAAUAACCAUGAUAGAUCUUUACCCGAAGGACUCUUGGAAUUUUGUCUUUGGACAAGCCUCCUUAACAGAAGGGGUGGGGAUCUUCAGCUUUGCCAGAUACGAUAGUGACUUCUACAGUGCAAACUACCAGGGCAGAUUGAAAACAACGAAAAAGCUUCCUGCAGCUGACUAUUCUGUGUUUGAUGGUUACUAUACACCUGAGAUCACUAGUAAACUGCUUCUGAGAUCCUGCAAAACUUUGACUCACGAGAUUGGACACAUCUUUGGGCUCCAUCACUGCCAGUGGUUAGAGUGUGUUAUGCAAGGAUCUAAUCAUUUGGAGGAAUCAGACAGACGUCCUUUAGAUCUUUGUCCUAUUUGCUUGCGCAAGCUGCAAUCUGUACUUGGGUUCAGCAUUCUGGAAAGAUACAAGGCCCUGCAGAGAUGGAUAGAGGAUAAAGCUAAUGGAACGGAAGAAGGGCACAGCAGUGAAGCUAGAGGAGGAUUGCCAAAGCCGGUGGAAUCAUUUACAGAAAGUUAUGAGUUGCUUAUGAAAUGUUUAGACAUCCUCCAGAAAUAGGUUUGUUACGCAGGUUCAAAGGGAAUGCUCUUAUUCCAAUGGUAUAAUCACUACUAAAGUGUGGCGAUGAAUUAAAUAUAUUUUAAGUUGAAAGCUAAAAACCUUACAGUAAAUAUUUAAGCUGUUUGUUCUA